AAAAGGGCGUGGUUAUUGUGAACAAACACAAUGGCCUAAAAUACUCCACUAAAUUUGAGCUAGAAGUCGUCUUAUACUACCCAGGGAUGCCCUUCGUGGAGUUAGAGUUCAGUGACUUGGAGUUUUAUGAGUCUCUGGGCAGUGGAUCCUCUGGCAGUGUGUACCGGGCCUUAUGGAGGAGCGAGGAAAGAGUGGUAGCCGUCAAGAAACUGCUCAUUCUGGAGAAAGAGGCGGAGGUUUUGAGCUCUCUCAGUCAUCGCAACAUUAUACAGUUCUAUGGUGCCGUCACUGUUGCCCCUAACUACUCAAUAAUAACAGAAUAUGCUGAAUGUGGCUCCCUCUACGAAUUCCUUAAGAAGGAGAGUAUCGACUUCAAUCAGAUACUAUUGUGGGCUAAAGAGAUUGCUCUUGGCAUGAACUACCUCCAUUUUGAGUCCCCCGUCCCAGUCAUACAUCGAGACCUCAAGUCAAAGAAUGUGGUGAUAUCGGGAGAUUUGACGGCUAAAUUGUGCGAUUUUGGCUCCUCCAAUUUCCACACCCACACGACCAAGCUGACCCUGCAGGGGACUUUCCCCUGGAUGGCCCCCGAGGUGAUCCAAGGGCUCCCUAUAACUACAGCGUGUGAUGUGUACUCGUACAGUGUGGUUCUGUGGGAGCUGCUCACUCACGAGGUGCCGUUUAAAGGCCUCGAGGGCAUGCAGGUGGCCUGGCUGGUAGUCGCCAAGGAAGAGCGUCUGACCAUCCCUGGAUCCUGUCCCCCUAUGUUUGCCCAGCUCAUGACCAGCUGUUGGACACAUGAUCCUAGCAAGAGACUUCACUUCAGACAAGUUCUAGAACAUCUUGACAAGAUGCUCAAGAGUGAUUCACUGGAGGCUGAAACUGCAUCGUUCUUGGGGUCAAAGGACAAAUGGAAGAAAGAGAUAGAUGAUAAACUGGAGGAUCUUAAAGUCAUGGAGCACAGCCUCACGAGCAAAGAGGCAGAGCUUAACAAGCGAGAGCGAAACCUUGCUGUGAGAGAGAAACAGUUAAGUGACACACUCACUCGAAGUACAGUGUCGUCUCUACUGGACCAUGACGUUAAUUUAUGGGAUGAAGAGGAGGUUGCUAACUGGGUGUACGGACUGGGCGGAGUCAAUGGGGCACAAAGGAGUGAGUAUUCCGAACUGUUUGCCAUGAACCACAUCACGGGGAAGACUCUGUUCCUACUCACCGACAUGGACCUGCUGCAGCUGGGGGUGCUCUCAGUGGGCCACCGCAGGGAGCUCAUGGAUGAGAUUGAGGGCCUUCGACAAGACAAUCAUCGCCUCCUACACUUCCCCCCGCUAGCCAACACUGGACUUAAGAGCCUGCCACGACCCAAGCCCCCUGAGCCUACCAAAGAAACUCUCACCAUCAUUUACAGUAACCUGUGUAGACAACGAACAGAGCCAGGGGAUCAUUUAUGGAAAUAUCUGGUUGAUUUUGAGGGGGACCAUUCCGGACACUCGCUCGUCAAAGAGGUACACAUUGUGUUCUCCAAGUCCAUCCCCACAGACGUGUUAGUGCUGACACAGCAACCUUUUGUGACCGAGUGCUGGAGGGAGGGGCCUAAUCCAGGACACCUCGAGAUUGUCGUCUAUUACAAGGACAAAGUGCUGCGGCCUCGUGAGACCCGCUACACCUUCACUCCCCUAGAGGCAGGGCAUACUGAAGAGCUGUGUGUACGAAUAGAAAUUAAACAAAAAUCAGAUACCCGCCGCCUCUCUGUUCCCCUCUCCGAUAGUGUAGCCUCUGAUGCUCCCAUCACGGGAGAAGAGGUCGUGACCCCUGUACGCGUACGAACGAACUCUAACCCUCAACUAACCGGAGCUUGGGUCGCUCGUUCCCAUGUCAUCAGACCCCCCCUCGAACCUCGUACAUCUACUAAGACUCCGGACAGUAGCUAUCCAUCCUCUGCGACGAACAGUGUGAGCUCUGUGGCUAGUAAUGAUAGCGAUACAGUCAAGGCCAUGUCGAGGCUGACACAGUCUAAGUUGCAAGGCGUGUGGUCGAAAACUGGUACCACUGGAGCGCAGAUUGUGAAGAGGCAACAAAGAGGGGGAAAGAUGUUUAAUAUCGGUGGACCUGAUGCUGGACAGCGGCCUCCCCGCACGCACAUGCCUAGUAGAGAGGUGUGUAGAGUUGGUGAUGAUCAAGCAUUGAGGCAUUCCAUCAGUAGCCCUGCCUUGACUGGAGGUAUAGAGCCAAGAUCUAGACAGUUCAGCAACAAACGUUCUCACAGCCAGCCGUAUGGGCCGCAAGUGACCUCUGACCCUAGACCCCACACCACACAGAACUACAGCCGACCACAGCAAAACAGGAGAGACUCUGACCAACCACCAAGGCAAUAUCAACCAAACAAAAGAACUUAUCGCAACGACAAGGGCAGCUAUGAGAAGAAACGGUUGAGUGGUUACGACCCUGUGCCUGAAGAUGAAGAAGUUCAAUUCCAACGUUCUGUUAGUGAUAUUGGACCUAAAUGGGGGAAGAGUCAAGAACAGCCACGAGGACAUGUUACCAGGGAAACUGUGCCUCCCUCUAGGGGGCGUGGUAGACAAAGGAAAUAGAUAGGAGCUAGCUAGGCUUUUAUCAUUAUUUUUAUAACAUGUUUACCCACGUCACAAUUCCCAUUCCCAGGUUCAUUUGUCUUGA